UUCUCAAAGACCUUGGUUUGAGAGAAUUAUGUGGGUUAUUAUACAUUGCAUAAUUAUAUCUGUUCUGGUGAGUAUGGUUUAUACUUCCUAUCAAGAAUUUGAGUCACAACCUUUAGUAACUUCCAUGGAUGCAAAUAUUAAAACGGCUAAGAUAUUCUUUCCAGGAAUUGCUAUCUGCUCCAUUAAUAGAAUUAGCUUGCAAUCGGCGAAAAAACUGGCGACCAAUAUUUCUAAUGCAAAAAUCACGGACCGAUCAGUCGAUGAAAUUCUCAAUUUGAUAAUGCAGCUGGGCAAUCUCUACGUUUCUAUGAUGGUCAUAGAUAAUAGUAAUGAUGUGGAAUUAGAUAAACUAUUAACAACUUAUUAUAACGGGUCUUAUGAUGUCACUCAAAUAAUGAAAACUCUGACGCCACAAUGUUCGACGAUAUUAUUGAAAUGUAUAUUGCAUGGAAUCGACAGAAAUUGCUCAGAACUUUUUGAGUUUCGCAAAACGCAGGACGGAUACUGUUGCACCUUCAAUUACGUGCGUGAAAGCGACGACAUUCCCGAUCUGAACAAUAUGAUUAAACUGACGAGAGAUCAGGAACGAGUGGAGACUCUCGGAAUAGAAAACGGUUUAUCAGUCUUAAUGGAUCCACUUUUGGAUGACAAUUUCUAUUCAAUAUUGCCCUUUAGGGGUUGGAAAGUGACUGUGUUCAAUCCUACUGAUUAUCCGGAUAUGACCAGUGGUGGUGUCACGGAGGUGUUCGCAAUACCUCAAUACGAAACAUAUCUGAAUGUGGAAGCAACGCUCUUUAGUAGUAGUCAGACCAUUAUAAAUUUACCCAGAAAUAAACGUAACUGCUUAUUUUCAGAUGAAACAGUUUUUUCAAAUAUUACGAUGUAUACUUAUAGUGAUUGUAUCGUCGAUUGUAAGAUUAAUGACAUACAGAAGUUCUGUGGAUGCAGACCGUUUAUUUAUCCACGUCGUGGCAAGAAAGAUUGUUAGUAAAAACAUGUUAAUUUAUUCAAUUGUUUAUGCUUCCAACAAUUGUUGACCUUGAUCCUCAAAAAUCGAAAAGUCUAAA